AUCUGGUAUCAUUUUUCUUUCGAACAUGUAUUUUGGUGUGAAAAAACUAGGCGCAGAAGUCAGGAAGUGGCGCACAACGCAGAAUACAUCAAGGAAAAUUGUAUUAGGCUUUUCAAUUUAAAUAGACAUAACGUGGCACUGAUCAUGAGCGACAAUACAUCAAUGAUUCAGGAUAUCUUGGAUAGCUUAGAUGAUUUGAGGUUAUCAGGCAAUAUCAAGGAUGAAGUCUCUUUGUGUGCGGUUGUAAAGAAUGGUGCUUCGUCACCAAAGUACAUCCAACUUGUUGCUACUGCUGCAAACGAACUUGCUCUGCUGCUUCAAUUAGAAGAGAGAAUAACUCCAGAUUCCUCAAACUCGGAGAAUUUUUUAUUUGAAGUCAGCAGUUUGUUGAGUGAACUGGGAUGUCCAUAUUCUUUUCUCACUCAAGGAGACUUGAAAUCAAGGUUAAAAACUGAUCAUCAUUGUUUAACUUUACUGUUAUUUCUUUUAUCUGAACUUCAAGCCGCAAAAAUGGAUAUUUUCAAUAGUCCAUCUAUCACAAGCAAUGCUCAUACAGGCAGCGAAGAAUUCAAGCAAUUGAAAAAUUUAUGCCUUGCCCUUGAUAUGAAGAAACCUCCCGAUAAUAUUGAUAUUGCAAGAUUCAUGCAAGGAAUUGAUAAUAAGUUGAAAGAACAGAUAUCUUUAUGCCCACAAGACCACCUUUCGACGCCAAUCAUUAAAAAGAAGCUUGGUCCUAUUCACUGGGAAAAAUUAGAAAUUUUGAAGAUAGCUUUACAAAAAGAAUAUGAAACAAGGAGAUCAAUGUUGUUAAAACGAUUAGAUGUCACCAUUAAUUCUUUCAACUGGUCUGAAAGAGCCAAGUCCAAUCUCGACAACGUUGCUAAAGCUUAUCAAGAAAAAAGAUUCCAAUUGAAAGCAGAGAGUAACAUAGCAGUUGCAAAUUUAUUAGCUGCUAGAGAUGACAUAUCAAUCAUAAGCAAGACCGUUUCUGGAACAGCUCGGCAAAAAUGUGCUAUCAAUAAAGUUACAAUGGGACAUGUUCCCGAUCGUGGUGGCAGAACUGAUGAAAUCAGUGCACCUUUGCCUGAAAUGCCAUCUUGGCAGAAAAGAAAAGAUGGUGGACAAAGUCAUCAGGGAGAUCAAAGGCGAGGGGGUCGGGGCGGACGUGGACGUGGGAAUUUUACUGAGCAGAGACCUUCAAGUGGAAACCAAGGGGGAUUUCGCGGCGGUAGAGGUGGACACAGAGGGGGCGGCGGUGAUAGGCCAUCAACUGGUGGGGCCAGAAGAGGAGGAAAUUGGGGCCGGGGAAGAAACUAUCAACAAUCUGGAUCAUUUGAGCAAAUGUUUUCUCACGGCGGCCAAAAUGUUACGCAAGGGGGUUUUGCCUCUGGUAGACAAGAUUAUCGAAGCUGAAUCUAAUUGACCUGAUAAUAUUAAAUGUUUGGAAGAUCCACAUUGAUUGUUCGAAAUCACCUGAUCCGAUUUCUGUUGCUUUAUGAACGAAGUAUGGUGUCAUUACAGUAUCAGUUAUAACAUAGUGUGUAAUAGUACCCAAUUAGAUGCAAAGAGUAGAUCCAACCAUGACAACCAACGACUGAUUGAUCGAUUUAUAUGGAUUUUCUGGAAUACUUGCCAAAUUUACAGUAAAUUUGAGAUGUCUUGCUUAUCUUCCUGUAUCCCACGUUCGUGUCUUUCAUGCCACUUGUCCCACAUUAGUAUAUGGUGUUGGACACAGGAGAUAGAUAAAUGAUACAAGCGUGACAAGUGAUACAAAUGCGGGCGAAGAACAAGAAAAUGUGGUACGAGUGGGAAAAUCGGUACAAGUGAGGGGCAGGACAUCUCUCAUCUUCUAUUAUCAUAACAGGAAGCAGUGCUAUUGCCAAUAUCAAUUUUUAAUACCUAUCCAAUCUUCCGUCAUUUACAAUUUCUUAUUUUGCUUUUUUUUCAACAAAGUAGCAGUUGGCUUAUCAUCAUCGCAAAGUUCAAACUGGUUCUCGACGCUGAUGGUGUUGAUCUGUAUCUGUGCCUUUCACUUAUCACGGACCAUUACUCGUUUUGCCACAACAUUUCAAAACAACUUCUUAUUUAAAUUGUAUUUAUUACGAAUCAUUAUUUAAAUAGAAUAAGUUUAGAUGGCAA